AUGGGCAAAUUGACUUUCCGGCGGAGAAAGAAGGCCGCGCCGCCGACGCAGUUGCCUCCUCUUCCUACCCCGCCGUCCGUCGAGUUGGCGGCGACGACGACGAGCAAGGCGGCCGUGAAGAAGAAAGCGGGCGGGUCGAGGCUCUGGAUGAGCAUGGAUCGGUUAGGGCAGUCCGAGCUGAUGGAAUGCGACAAGAACUUUAUUAUUAAGCGCGUCUCGAUUCCCGCCAGGGACUUGCGAAUUCUCGGGCCCAUCUUCUCCCAUUCCUCUAGCAUCCUAGCUAGGGAGAAAGCCAUGAUUGUUAACUUAGAAUUCAUAAGAGCGAUAGUUACUGCAGAAGAGGUAUUGUUACUCGAUCCUCUUCGCCAGGAGGUUCUGCCAUUUGUUGAUCAGUUGAGGCGACUGUUGCCACAGAAAAGCCCAUCUAAUUAUGUGGCAGACCAAACGGUCCCUAAAGAUAAUGAAAUUCAUUCUCCUACUGCUGCACAAUGGUUACCUGUUCCUGAAGGCGGUGAAGGUGAGCAGGAUGAGCUUCCUUUCGAGUUCCAGGUCCUGGAAAUGGCAUUAGAGGUUGUCUGCACGUAUUUGGACUCUAACGUUGCUGAACUCGAGAGAGAUGCUUACCCUACUCUGGAUGAAUUGGCCAUAAGCGUUAGCACCAAAAAUCUUGAGCAUGUGCGGAGCUUGAAAAUCAACCUCACUCGUUUGCUUGCACGGGUACAAAAGGUUAGAGAUGAAAUAGAGCAUCUUUUAGACGACAAUGAAGACAUGGCCCAGCUCUACUUAACACGGAAAUGGAUACAACAAAACCAACAAUUCGAGGCCCAAUAUGCAGACCCCCCAUCAAACAGCAUAAUCCCUGCUGGACCGGCCCAUUUCCGCCGGCUCAGCUCCACCAAAAGUGGCAGUCUCUUGAGCAACUACCAUCAAAAUGACAAUGACGAUGUGGAGGACCUAGAGAUGUUGCUCGAAGCCUACUUCAUGCAAUUGGAUGGUACACGUAACAAAAUACUCUCUGUUCGCGAGUACAUUGAUGACACAGAGGAUUAUGUCAACAUCCAACUCGACAACCAAAGAAAUGAACUCAUUCAGCUUCAACUGACAUUGACAAUUGCAACAUUUGCCAUAGCAGUUGAAACUGCUAUGGCAGGGAUAUUUGUCUCUGUCUGCUCGCGAUGCGAUGGGUAUCACGGCGAGCCCGAGUCUGCUCGAUGGGUAUCGCGAUGCGAUACGGAGCGCGACGGGGAGUUCGCGGGCGGUUUUGUUGCUGCUGCGAUUGCAUCUAUGGCUCUGGUUCGCGCCUUGGCGAGGCUUUGUGGCGCGAGGCUUGUUCUCGUUGCUAUGUGUUGGUCCAUUGUCCUCCGCGAUAUUGGGCGCGAGAGGCACUGUGAUGGGGAGCUCGUGGGCGCAACGUCCUGGGGCGCGAGGCCUGCUGCUGCAUGA